AGAUGCAGCAUGGAAUAGGCCCUUCAGCUGACUAUCCACGCCAUACAUAAACUACUGAUUUACAUUAAUUAUCUAUUAAUUCCUUGUAUUGCAUUUAAAUUUGUUUUUAGUUCUAUUUAGUUCUUUUAGCUCAUAGUAGAUAUAUUUAAGAAAUAUUUUGACAGUUGGUUAAGACAGAGGUGUGAAUUAUCUAUCUGCUGUUUGUUUUUGUUUUUUUGCCCCAAACUUGUCGACGGGGCUAACUCUGGCCUUCCCACAGGAUGGAAUUUACUCCGACAUUUGUUAUGGAUAAUUUGUUCUCUUCCAACAUUGCAAAUCUCACUUUACCAAUUGGUGCAUGUGACAAUAAAUGUAAACUUGAAACUUGAAAUUGCCUUUGAACUUAUUGUUAACACACAAGUUAUUGACAAUUAAUAUAUAUUUGUAUUUUUUUGUAUUUAAAUGAUAAUUGUUUCGAUGGUUUCAUUGGGCGUUGGAAGGCACCCAUGAAGAGCUGAUGCAGAAUAUAAUAUAUGGAAUUUAUUUUCAUUUCCAUGAUAUUUAAAGUGUAUUUUUUCCUCUCCAGGUUCUCCCUUUGUAAAUGCCAUUAUUCACAAGGGUUUUGAUGAAAGGCAUGCUUACAUUGGAGGGAUGUUUGGAGCUGGUAUUUAUUUUGCUGAAAAUUCAUCCAAAAGUAACCAGUAUGUGUAUGGAAUUGGUGGUGGCACAGGUUGUCCAACACAUAAAGAUAGGUCCUGUUACAUUUGUCAUAGGCAAAUGGUGUUCUGUCGUGUUACGUUGGGCAAAUCAUUUUUGCAGUUCAGUGCAAUAAAAAUGGCUCAUGCACCACCUGGUCACCAUUCUGUCACUGGUCGCCCUAGUGUAAAUGGAUUAGCAUUGGCAGAAUAUGUUAUUUAUAGAGGCUUACCCAGAAUAUUUGAUAACCUACCAAAUUAUGAAGCCAGAAAACUCAACUGAUUGAUGGACAAAUGGGGUUUGGUACAUGUACAGUAAGCCACAAAAUACGUCCAAUGCACUCCAACUUGUGUAUUUGUUUUCUAUGUGUAAAUGUUACAUUUUUAAAACCAAAAAAACACAUUUUAAUUGUGAAAUCCGUGGCUUUGAUACUGUACAAAAUAACUUUAUGGAUUUACCUACCCAUAUUUUAGCACUUUAAUAGAGCCAUCCCAAAAUAAUUUGUCUUUGUUCUUGGAGAAGUUGUGUAGUUAUUUGAACAAAAUUGUAUUGAUGCAUUUGAUUGGUUUUGUACUUCAAAGUGAUCCAUCCUGAUAUUCCUUGAAGUCUAUAAAAAAAUUACAUAUCAAUCAUCAUAAUCUUCAUCACAUUUAAUGUCGCCAUGCGUUUUCAUUGUAAAAACAAUUGUAAAUAAGAAUGUUUUUUGUAUUGCUUUGAUAUCUUAUUUACACUGCUUGCAUCACAUGCAUGUGCUGUUCUCGCAAUGCAAGGAAGGACAGCCUACCUUUACAACCUGGUCUACUGAAGAUCUCACCAUGCCAGGAAGCAUCAGAAUUAAAAGUCCAAAAACUAUGCAAGGUUUGGUAUAAGCAGUAUAUCAUUGUUGGCUGCACUUAUUCAAAAUGGCUUGCUGAAGUAAAGUCCCAUGGUGGAUUAAUGUGUAUGUAUCGUAUAUUUUUAUGUUUGCAUAGCAUGUAAAAUAAUCCUGUAGUCUUUGUGGUGCUUUUACAAGGAUUUGUAACUUGCAAUGCAUUUUAAGUAAUAUUUCUAAGACUUUUAUAGAAUUAUUGUAUUGCAAGUGAAACCUACUCAUAAAAAAUUUCCAUCUAAUAAAGACUAAAAUACAUUACAUUUCAUUUCAA